UUUGGCUGUUACAACAGACAGGUCGCUGUGUUCAAACAGUUUCUAGCUUGCUAGCUACUACCAACCUCGAAUACCUAUGCGGCUCGGCUAUGGUGUUAUUUUACGAAGGAGCUAAAUACCUCCGGCUUUGCAUUUCCCCAUAAGCUUUCAAACGUCAUUGCUUUGACCUAUGAGCCAUUGCAAAUGUUAGCCUGCCUCCGUUAGUACCUACAAAAAUAGGCCAUUAAUAUUGCAGAACUGUUUACAUAGUAAGAAUGCUGAAUAUCACAUAACUGAUGUGAUUUCAUCAGUAUGUGCUAAUUUCUAGUUUGUUUGAACCAUUUGUAUAUACAGUAACAAGUAAAACAAUAUUGCAACUUCCGGUAGACUUGCGUUCUAGUUUUUUCGCGCAUGUCUAUGGUUCGAACAUGGGCGUCGCAGUAGGUGAAUGUCUUGUCAGCUGACAAGCAGCAUCUUUGGCUGUUGCAACACACGGGUCGCUGUGUUCAAACAAUUUCUAGCUACUACAACCUAGAAUACCUAUGCGGCUCGAUUAGGGUGUUAUGUUACGGAGAGACAGAACUGGCGAAGGAGCUAUACCUCCAGCAUGGCGGCAGAAAUACAACCCAAACCGCAGACUCGGACGCCUGUUCUGCUCAAUAAAAUCGAGUCUUCCCAAGAUGUUGUGAACACGGCGGUUAUAAUUCCAAAGGAGGACGGGGUGAUCAGCGUGUCUGAUGACAGGACGAUCCGGAUAUGGUUGAAGAGAGACAGUGGCCAGUACUGGCCCAGCAUCUAUCACACUAUGCCAGCUUCAUGCUCCUGUAUGUCCUUUAACCCAGAGACCAGGAGGCUGUCUGUGGGAAUGGAAAAUGGAACCAUCUCUGAGUUCAUCCUGUCUGAAGACUACAACAAGAUGACCCCGGAAAGGACCUAUGAGGCCCACCAGGGCAAAGUGACAGUGGUGCUCUUUGUGUUGGAGAUGGAGUGGGUCCUUAGUACAGGACAGGACAAGAACCUCACCUGGCACUGCUCUGAGAGUGGAACACAGCUGGGGUUAUACCGCACCAUAGCCUGGGUCUCUGGACUACAGUUUGAUGUGGAGACAAGGCACGCCUUUGUGGGUGACCACUCUGGUCAGGUGACCAUCCUGAAGCUGGAGCAGGACAGCUGUAGUCUGGUCACCACCUUCAAAGGACACACAGGCAACGUGACGGCACUCUGUUGGGACCCAGCCCAGAGAGUGUUGUUCUCUGGCAGCUCAGAUCACUCCAUCAUCAUGUGGGACAUCGGGGGACGCAAAGGCACCGCCAUAGAACUGCAGGGACACAAUGAUAAGGUCCAGGGCCUGUGCUAUGCGCCACACACACGUCAACUGAUCUCCUGCAGCUCAGAUGGCGGCAUCGUCAUCUGGAACAUGGACGUGACCAGACAGGAGACCCCAGAGUGGCUGGACAGUGACUCGUGUCAGAAGUGUGAGCAACCAUUCUUCUGGAACUUCAAACAGAUGUGGGACAGUAAGAAGAUCGGCCUGCGCCAGCACCACUGCAGGAAGUGUGGGCAGGCUGUGUGUGGAAAGUGCUCUGCCAAGCGCUCCACCAUCCCUCUCAUGGGCUUCGAGUUCGAGGUGCGGGUGUGUGACAGCUGCCAUGAGUCCAUCACAGAUGAGGACCGGGCGCCCACGGCGACAUUCCAUGACAGCAAGCACAGCAUAGUUUACAUGCACUACGAGCCCACCACAGGCUGGCUGCUGACCUCUGGGGCCGACAAAGUCGUCAAGCUCUGGGACAUGACUCCAGUGGUCUCCUGAGGGUCAUCGUUGACAGGGAGCAACAUGGAGCUCCAUCCACCUAUCAGGGUAGAGCUUACAGCCUGGUGGCUGUCAUCCUGAGAGGAAGAUGGAAUGUCAACAAGAACAACCACCACCACAACAACAGCUAAACAACUUACAACAGCAGAGCAACAUCCACAGAACCUAAAAACACCAGGCCUUUCUUGCCUGUCCUCGUCCCUCUUGGUGACUAAACGUGAAAAGCUUUACACUGGCUGCAUAAAUAAUUCCCUAUAUUGUUUGGUUUAUUAUUAUAUUUAUGACAAUAGUUUUGUAGUAAAGGGAACUCAGUUUACCUACUGAACAUCAAAUACAGCUAGGUGGGCAAAUAUAUAGCUUAUAUUGAAGUGCCUUCCUCUUAUUUUCUUAUAGCUUUCCCUCCAGUUAACAGAAAGAAUGAACCAAUAGUCCUAAAACAAAUUGAAGCACGAAAUGUACCUGGGUUGUGAAUACCAGUUAGAUAUGUAACUUGUAUGUACAGCAGCAAGAUGGAAUACUCUAACAUAUUCAUGAAACUACAGAAGGUCCCAAAGUUGACCUUAUAAGGCUCAUUGGUUUGACUCUUUGUUUUUAACAUUGUUCCAGUCUGCAGAGGGCAAAAUACUACUGUUUCUAGGUGGAUCAUGUUUCAGUUGGUGUCAGGAGGGUCAUAGCCUAAUGUAUGGGAAUUAAGCUCUUACCCUACGAGCUACGAAUCCUGCUUGUUUCCUGUUGUACCUGAUAAUUAAUUGCAACCACCUGGUGUCCCAGGUCUAAAUCAGUCCCUGAUUAUAGGGGAGCAAUGAGGUCCAGAGGUGAAUUUGAGGGUACUACUGUAUAGCUUCUAUGCUCUCUGAAAGUCAUCACACAUACACACACAGCUGGUGAACAAGUCUACAUGUGGUAUCUCACUGUCAGGUAAUGGUUGACCGCCACAGAUGUAGAGGACUUGGAGAAAGAAAUGUUUUUCUUUUGUUUUAUUUUUUUAUGAAUACUGUAUUACAAACUGAAGUUCUAGUUUAGGCUUGCCAAUUGAAAUUGUAAAUCAUAAAGAACAUGUUCAUUACUUUACAUUAUUGUAGAGUUAUUGAAAUGUCACUUACUAUACUUUUGUCUUCGGUAGUGGACUUAGGGUGGCAAAAUUCCAGAAACAUUCAAUAAAUUCCCUGGUUUUCCAGAAAUAGUGGUUGGUCGUUGGAUACCGGAUUUCCUGCCUAUUCCGGGAACCUUCCAACCGGAAUUUCAGGAAAACCAGGGAAUUUAUUGAAAGUUCCAGAAAUGUUGCAGCCUUACUUAAACAUGAUUCACUACUUGUAGUCUCUUCUAUGUUAUUUGCACUUCAGUUGUUACGGUUCAAUUUCUCAGAGAACAAAAUCAUAACAAAGCACUUUUUAUUGUCCAAUACAUACACUUACAAUAUGUUGUCUACAGACUCAAAUGACACAGGGUUGUAGGCUGAAAAUAUUUAUUUUCCAUUGAGGUGAGGGGUAUACCAGACUGGUGAUGAGUUGUUAGUGGAUGUGUGUGUCAAAUGUAUUGUGUUACGAUGAGUUUAUUUAUUGCUGUGUGUGUGUUACUGUAGCCUCCAAGAUAGACAUCUCUCGUGUAAUACACACACCAUCAAGGUCAUUAUCAUUGACUGAUAGUGUGGCUAUGAAUCAGGACUUUUGUGUGAUACAUACAGUUUUUUACGCUUUAACAUUCUCAAAGUGUAUUGAUGGUUAUGAUAGGUGUCAUAUCCUGGAUAUAACUACAGUUGUUCAAGUUAAGUUCAUGCACAUGAUUUGUUUUCUAGGCAGAGCCACUAUUGUAAAACCACAACAACCUGUCUGCAUGUUUAUAUUUGUGUUAUACAACCAUAAUUAGCCAUGAUACUUUUUCAUGAAUACUAGCAUGUUGAUUAAUCCGUCACACAUAUCUUGGGCCUAAGCGAAUACAUAUCUACUGGUGGAGAAUGGCUGUAUGGGGCUCUAAUGCUAUUUACUGUAGUGGUCAAUCACUGACUUGAGAAUUACACUAUUCCUAUCCGUUUCCUCAUUUAAUGACCUCUGUACAGUUAUCAUUGUUGGGAGGCAAAAAGGUAUGAGUUCCAUGUUGAUUCAUAAACCAAGACUGAUUUACAAUAUCUGAAUGACUGCUGAUAUGAUUUGAAAUACGUUUUUCGUGUUAUGUUUUUAUGUAACCUGGAUACCAGUCUCUUUCUCUGCUUUCAUCAGCAUGUUAUCAUUGGCAACACUAGUGUUACUAAAUGGAUGAACUGUCAGUCUGUCACCUAGGCAUACCGGUUUUAUGUGAUGCAGUAUGAUUCUCACAGGUUGGUGCUGUACUGUGUGUAUGUAACCCAGGGGGGUUUAUCACAAAGCGGGAUCUGGAAUCAGAAAAUCAAGAGCUAUAGUAUAUCUGUUUAUCAAAGCAAGGUAGCUAACUCCUUAAUCCUGCUCUGUGCCAUUUCCCUCCGGUCUUAAUGUGCAGUUUGUCCAAGCAGCAGAUUAUUGGAGAUUUUCUAGUCGUUAAGAAUAUCAUUCCUACAUGUCUCAUCCUAAAGCUGAUCUGGGUACAGGUCAUCUGAGUAGAGAUGUGUGCUCUUAUCAUUCUAUCAUUUUAUUUCCCCUUGUUGUACUGCAGCUGAUGUACUCAUGUUUGUAUUUCAUAAAAUGUAUAUGAGGUGACAAAGACAGGAUGUCUCUUCAUGUGAAUGCCUAGUAUUCAUGUAGAGAUUCAGCUGAAUUCUUCAUUUAAAACAAGUUGUUCAGCUCAUCAGCUCUCUCCAUUGUUCAAUCUGUCAAUAAAUCACGCUUUGUCCAGAAA